AUGGAGCCACCGAUUACACUCUGCAAUUAUCUGCUUUUGCUCUAUAAAGUGUGUAACAGCCCAAGAGAUCAGUUAAGCUUGGUCAAUAAUCUAGCUCGCUGCGAUGGAGUCAGCUGCGAGGUUGCCUUCGAGCAAUUGACCCACGAUACGAUUCUUUGUUGCAAGCAGUUGACGAAUGUCUUGAAGGGCAAGAAUCCUAAAGUCGAGGACACCGUUCAUUCCUUCGUUCAAGGAUACGUCACCUGGCACUUGUGCGAUCCGCGGUACAGAAUGGAAGAAGUCUACCGUCAGGCUGGGCAGAAUGAGACCGCUAUGAAAUUCCGUCGCUUCUAUGAAAAAGCAACAAGCAUAGGUGUGGUUGACUAUAGAGUGUGGGCUUCCCCAAAUAGCCCAGGCAGCAACAACAUGACUUUACCACAUGGAAAGAUUCAUGGAAAGACUCAUGGCGAUGUUCCUCAAAGUGAGAAUGAUCAGUGUGGUGAAGCGACCGAGAAAACGGAAGUGAGCGACCUUGUUCCAUAG